UGACUAUUUUUCUGUUUACUUUUAAUAUUUUUUUUUCUUUUUUGAUUGACUAUUUUUCUGUUUACUUUUAAUUUUUUUUCCUUUCUUGUGGGUGGUGAUUGGAGAGUCCCUAUCAAUGCUCAAUCCGAAAAUAGAUUUGGGGACGACAGGGAUCAGGUGCAGCGGCGUGCAGUCUUCACUGCCGCGAGAAUAAUUUGGAUGGAUGAACCCACUGUUGCCACGUGGGCACCUAGUUUCAUGGGUAGAGCCGUUUAUAACUGACUAAACUAAAUUCUCAAUCAGAUCUCAAUUCAUCAUCACAACACAACAGUCCCUAACCUAAAUCAAAACCCACCACACAAAGCACACAGAAGAAAUGGCAAUUAGAGGUACAGUAACGACGAUUGGAAGAAGAGCAAACUCAUCAUCUCUCUUCUUCCCUGUAAUCCCUACCUAUCUCCGAACCACAACAAUCCAUGUCCCUGCUUCUUCACACCCUUUCCAUCCUCCACCCAUUUCACAUCCAAAUACCCAAUCUGUUAAAUAUUCAAUUUGUGCAAUACAAGGGGCAACCAUGGAUCCUGUUGCUCCCAGUAAGGAAGAUGAAGAACAGUCAUCCGAAAAUUGGAAGAUUAAAAUGCUUUAUGACGGUGAAUGCCCGCUUUGCAUGCGAGAGGUCAGCAUGCUAAGAGAGAGGAAUAAGCGAUAUGGAACAAUCAAGUUUGUUGACAUAAGUUCUGAUGAAUACAGUCCAAAGGAGAAUCAAGACCUUGACUACAAAACAGUUAUGGGGAGAAUUCAUGCCAUCUUAUCUAAUGGAACUGUAGUCACAGACGUUGAGGCAUUUAGAAGACUAUAUGAAGCAGUUGAUCUGGGAUGGAUUUAUGCCAUUACAAAAUAUGAACCAUUUGCAACAAUUGUUGAUGCUCUGUAUGGUGUUUGGGCCAAAUAUCGUCUUCAAAUCACAGGUCGGCCGCCUUUAGAGGAGGUUUUGGAGGUGCGGAAGAAAAAGGGUGAAGCAUGCAAUGACAGCAAGGUUUGCAAGAUGUAAGGUUUCUUAGUAGUUGAUGUCAGUCCCGAAUGAAGCAUCGUGAAGAUUGGAUAACUUUGCAAGUUGUGGCUUCCAUAUAUCUAUCUCUUCAUCUUCUAUACGUAGCCUAAGCGUGAGUUCAUAUUUAUAGUUAGCUUCAUUUGGAAAAGGAUUGAUAAUCUGUACUUUUUAACAAUUAACUCCUUUCCACCUAUCCACCCAAAAAAAGAAAGAAACUCCUUUCCACCUCACUGCUAGAAAAAGAAAAAUGUAUAUUAGAUCAUUCUCUUUCCUCUUUUAUUAUGAAGUAACUGGAUUAUAGAAUCAAAUUUUCAUUACAGAUUGUAUUUAUAAUCUUUUUAUGCGUGGUGUCGGUAUCUGCUCAUUAAUA